AUGGACACUUCUUCACUUGCAUUGAUAGAUCAGUUGUUAGUGAAUUGUGAGUUCGAUCAUCACGAGGUUGUCGUAAAUUUUCCUUUGUUUCUUCUAUUUUUACAACGCGUUUCUUCUCUGACACUCACGCUUUCUAUCUCUCACUCUAUUCUGUCUAUAGACAAACACCUAUUCCCUCUCUCUCUCUCUCUCUCUCUCCUAUCUCCCCUAUCUCCAUAUCUCUCUCCCUCUUGCUUACAUAAAUACAUCUAUUCUUCUCUUUCUAUCGACUCUAUUUUUCCUUCUCUCAUUCAUCCUUUCUUAAUUACUUUCUCUCUCUCUCUUCUUUUUACUUCCUCUUUUCUUCUAUUCUUUCUCCUCAUUUUCUCCCUUCCUCUACUUCUCUUAUUCUCUCUCACACUGAAAUCUCUUUAUAUUUCUCAUCCAUCUUCUAUAAACUAUAUUUACACUCUCGCUCAAUUACUUCCCUCUCUCAUUAUUUCUCUUCUGAUUAUUUAUCUCUUUUUCUGUCCUCUUCUUUCUUUUCUUUUUUUUUAUCUCGCCUACUCGAUCUCUCUCUCUCUCUCUCUCUCUCUCUCUCUCUUUCUCUCCAGUCCACGUUUUCUCCGUCUCAUUUUCUUUCUCGUUUCUCCCUAUUUUUUUCUUUCUAACUCUCACUCCAUCCUAUCUUAUAGACAGACACGUAUUUCUCUCUUUCUUUUUCUCUUCGGUUCUUUCUUUCUUUCGAGACCUUUUCGCUAUUCUUCCCGUUCUCUCUCGUAUUCCCUCUUCCUCUCUUCUUUCAUCAUUGACUUCAAAUACUCACUCGUACUUUUUCCUCUCUUACUCUUCCUAAGCUUCUUCUCUCUAUCUCUUUUUCUGUUUAACAUAUAUCAACAUUUCUUCUCUUUCUCGAAUCUGUUUUUUACUCCCAUUCUCUUUCCUCACUCUUUCUCUAUUUCUCCCAACCUUUCCUCGCUAUCACUCAUCUCUUUCUUUCUUUCUUUCUUUCUUUGUAAACAAAAAGAAUAA